UACAUUAUAUACACAUAACAUUUGACAAUUCAGAGAAUUUUCUUGUUCCAUUUUGAAGUCUAUAAUUCUAACCUCUAAUCUAGAAGUGAUAUUUCCCAAUCCAAGCCUUUAUUGAUAAAAAUCAAAGAUAAAUUAAAUAUUCUAAAAACUUAAGAAAAAAUAUAUAAAAAAUGAGUGACCUAUCAGAUUUUUCAAGCGGCAAGGCGGCGGAUUCGGAACUUCAAGAUUUUCUUUUAGCCGAAAAGCAAAAGGCUCAGUUUCAUGCCCAAAUUCACGAGUUCAAUGACUUCUGCUGGGAUAAGUGUGUUGACAAGCCAGGAUCAAAACUGGACUCCAGAACAGAAACAUGCCUCACUAACUGCGUUGAGAGAUUCAUUGAUGUAUCUCUACUUAUCACAAAUAGAUUUGCACAAAUGCUCGAGAAAGGUGGCGGCAUGCACUGAAUUUGAUAACCAUUGAAUGUACAUGUAUAUAAUGUAGUUUUAUGAAUGUUGUAGUUUAAUAUAGUAUUUGUUUACUAUAAAGAAUAACUCAAAGAA